CGAAAACCCCAAAAGCUAUACAUUUCUCGUCCCAAUGAUUUAAUUUUUUGUUUUUCUUCAACUUCUUCUUUUCAAUUUUAAAAGUUUCCUAUUUCUAUGAAUUUCGUGUUUUAUACGAUUUCAUUUGAUUCGUUUCUUAGCAAUUCCGUGAGUACUUCAAAUCCUCCACCGUCAAUUCUGGUACAAUGAGUGCAGUUAACAUUACUAACGUCGCGGUGUUGGAUAAUCCGGCGUCGUUUUUGAGCCCCUUCCAGUUCGAAAUCUCCUACGAAUGUGUUUCUCCUCUUAAAGACGAUUUGGAAUGGAAACUCAUCUAUGUUGGAUCUGCUGAGGAUGAAACUUAUGACCAGCUAUUAGAAAGUGUUCUUGUUGGACCAGUCAAUGUGGGAAAUUAUCGUUUUGUUCUGCAGGCAGAUGCUCCAGAUCCUUCAAAGAUCCGUGAAGAAGACAUAAUUGGAGUGACAGUGCUUCUCUUGACCUGUUCUUAUAUGGGUCAGGAAUUUGUUCGGGUGGGCUACUAUGUCAACAAUGAUUAUGAUGCUGAACAGCUGAGAGAAGAGCCUCCGCAAAAGAUCUUGAUUGAUAGGAUCCAAAGGAACAUAUUAACUGACAAACCUAGGGUUACUAAAUUUCCCAUUAAUUUUUACCCCGAAAACAAUGAAAGUGGAGACCAAGGCCCUCAACCUGAGAGUGCUACUGAUGAAGAACAACUGCCUUCGCCCAAUAAUGAGGGAGAACCGUAAUUCUUUUGACUAAAUUUUCUAGGCAUUGUUGGCCACGAAAGCAUGCGGCGCUAUCAACUUAGGGUUGUCUUCUUUAUGAUGAAAACGGUUUUUUUGGCUCCCAACUUGAUGAAGCCAUAAUACUGUAGUCGGCCGUUCCAAAUUAGGCCUUUUUGUGUUGGUGCUGCAGAAAAUACUUUUGGCAACUGCCAUGGAUCACGAACUCUAUGAUGACAUCAUGAAAAACUGAUGCUAUAGUCUGUAUAUCAUCAAUUGGGGGAAGAAUUCUAUGUUGUGGCAGUAAAAUUUUCACCUUGGUUUACAAGGCCAUUAAAAUCUAUUCGUUAGUUUGGGCAUGUGUGGUUUGCACAAUAUCCUUGAAAUUAGAAGAUUUGAUUAUAAUCGAACAAUAAACUCAGCUUAAAUCAAAUGUUAUUCAAAUAAGUUUCAUAGUGCAUGAAUCACACGGUAAAAUGUUACAUGCGAAUCAUUUAGCUAGUUUGGAAGGAUCAUAACUUGUUCGCCCAAGGAAACUAACAAAAA